AUGGCGGAAAGAUUUCCAGAUUUUCAAGUUGAAGAGAUUCAAGAACUGAAGGAAAAUUCAGAAAACCAAAACACGAAGAAAAGUACGUCGACCUGGCUGAAUGUCUGGACCAGCUGGGCCGAAAGCAAGAAUUUUGAAACUAAUUUGCUUUCUUAUGAAGCGAAACAACUAGAUGAAACAUUACAAAAGUUCUUCGCCGAGAUCCGUAAGAAAGGUGGUUCUGAGUACAAACCUGACAGUUUGAGAGUUAUGUUGGCGUCAUUGGACCAACACCUGAGAGAAAAGGAUGCUGCCUUCUCAAUAGCCAAGGAUAUCGAGUUUUCCAACAGCAGAAAAGUACUUGAAGGAAAAGCAAGGCUUCUUCGUCAAGAAGGUUUCGGAAAAAGGCCAAACGCUGCAAAGGCACUGUAAUAAAUCAAGGCAAGAGUCGUCGUAAUAGUCUCGACCGUGUUUACUCAACUUUACUCUUUUUUUGACCACGAGGUCCUAGCCCUAGUUUUACAUCAUGUAAUACGACACGAAGUGUCCUCUACUCUACACUAUCCCCUCUCUAAUUAAAAGGGUGAGUCUCCGGAUUCACGGACAACACUUGAAAGUUUAACAGUGUCAAGGUAACCAGUCCAGUUCACAAGCAAAGGAAAGAAAACUAAUACAAAAAACACUGUCCAUAACAAAUCAUAGUCUCAAUAUCCUCUUAGUGCUCGAGCCUUCUUUAACAAUUUCGGUCUCAGUUUCUUAAUCCGAUCUUUUUCCAUGGUCUGCUUGUCCUCCAGCAUUUGUACGCGAUCUACAAUUUGCUGUAGACUACUGAUAACCCACUCUCCAUAACGGUCUGGGGGUCUUCUCACUCUCACCGGUCUUCGAUCCUGGAGAGUAGGUUCCGGUUCCAGUCCUUCACCUUCAUGUUCACUCCCUUCCUCCUCGCCACUGAGGUCAGGUGGGUCAGAUUGAGUUGGUUUGCUUGUAGCAUUUAGGGUAUCUACAAGGGGGCCACCGUCCUUAGUGUCUGGCGCUUCCACUGAAGGAUCACUUCUAACAUCCCUUUCCGCCCCGCUGGGCUGGACGUCAUCCGACUGACAACCACUAAUCUCUAGCGUAUCGGGUUGUUGGCUUGACAGUUCAGGAUCACCUUCCAACAACUCACUCUCUUCUUCAACUGCACUCAUUGCCACCCCAACAACUGUCCCAUCUUCUUCUCCCGGCAUCGACUGUGCAUGUCCUUCUUCAACAGUCUCCACUGCAGGUGCAGUGCCCAAACCACCAGUAACUACUUCACCCACUGCCUUCUCCUGUUUUCUCUGGUACAACCUCAAGUUGUUGAAAUGGACUACCUUGGACCUCCUAGAAUGUCCUGCAACUUUUCUAACACAGUACGUAACUUCGGUGACUUGUGAUACGAUCUCGAACGGACCAUCCCACUGUCGGUGAAACUUGCUUGCUUCACCUGGCCUUAGCUGUGGGGUGUAGCGCAGGACUAAAUCUCCAGGUUGAUAGACCGUGUGCUUCUCUCCCUUGUCGUAAGCAUCUUUCUGGCGUCGCUGAGCAACCUUCAGAUUCUCCCGUACAUCCCGGUAUGCACCUUCUAAAUCCUCCUGUAGAUUAGCAGCAAAUUCAGUGUACGAGCACUUACUGUCCUUAACCCCACCCAUCAUCACGUCCAAGGGUAUCCUCAUCUCUCUUCCGAACAUCAGUUCAAAUGGAGUGUGCCCUGUGGAGGCAUGGAUGCUACUCCGGUAGGCCAUCAUGCAAUAAUCCAGGUGUUCAUCCCAGCUCUGAGGUUUACCUCCAACUUUAGCUUUCAACAUGCUCUUAAGGGUCUUGUGUAGGUUCUCAAUUUGCCCGUUGCCCUCUGGAUGGUAAGCAGUUGACCGCGUUUUGUUGAUCUCUAGCAAGUGGCACAUCUCUUCAAAAACCUUCGACUCAAAGUUAUGCCCCUGAUCACUGUGGAUGCUGUCGGGCACACCGAAUCUGCAAAUCCAGUUCCUCACAAGCACCUUUGCACAAGUUGUGGCACGUUGGCUAGGAAUUGCAAACGCUUCAGCCCACUUGGUGAAACUGCACUGCACGGUUAAAAUGUAGCGAUUUCCUCUUCGUGUCCGAGGUAAUGGUCCAACUAUGUCAAUGUGGAUCCUUUGCAUGGGAUUUCCAGUGGCCAAUGGCUGCAGAGGUGCUCUUGGCUUUGGUCUAGACUUGCACUUGGCACAGGUAAGGCAACCAUCGCAGUACCGAUGCACGUCCUUUGUCAAGCCCGGCUUCCAAAAUCUCGCACUCAUUUUCUUCAGGGUCUUCAUUCUCCCCAAAUGGGCACCUGCAGGACCAUCAUGAACUUCAGUAAGCGCUGGCCUAACCAGGCUUUGUGGCAAAACUAUCCGUUGCUUAGUUGGAGAGGUGUCUGUAGGCGACUGAAGAUAGAGCACUCCUCCCUUCAGCUGCAACAGGUCAAGUUGCGCCCAUACUGCCCGAGUGGUUCGACUCAUGGGCUGAAGUUCCUCAGUCGUCGGUUUCUUCCACUCUUGUGACAACUGCGCUACCACCGGGCCAAUAUCAGGGUCUUCUCUUUGUGCUUGUGCCACUGCUGCAGUCGACCAUAUAUCCCUCCCCUCACACUGCUUAUGAACCGUUGGCAACCCUGCCACAGCGGCUACCUGGGGUCGGGCUGACAGAACACACGAUGGGUACUCUCCAUGAUGACGCCUUGGUCGCCGUGACAAGGCAUCUGCAUUACCAUGCUGUCUCCCUGGCCGGUGCUCAAUUGUAUAGUCGUAUUCUUGCAGGCGUUCCAGCCAGCGGGCCACUUGCCCUUGGGGCUCCUUGAAGGACAUCAACCAGGUUAACGAGUGGUGGUCAGUUCGUAGGCAGAACCGCCGUCCAAGCAGAUAAUAACGGAAAUGGUCAACAUAGGUGACUAAAGCUAACAUCUCCAACCGAGUAGUGCAAUAAUUUCUUUCAUGUUCGUUCAAAGAGCGACUCCCGUAUGCAGUUACUCGUUCUGUCCCAUCAGGUUGCAGCUGAGAUAAGACUGCCCCGAUUCCCAAAUGUUGGCUAGCAUCUGUGUCCAGUAUGAAUGACCCUGCACCGGCGUUAAAAUCUGGAUAGGCUAGGACGGGUGCACUGACUAAUCGGUGUUUGAGCUCUUCAAAGGCAGAUUGUUGCUCUUGUUGCCAAUGAAAGGGCGUGUCCUUCCUACACAGUUUAUAGAGUGGCUCGCAAUGAUGGAGAAUCCGCAAUAAACCGCCGAUAAUAACUAGCCAGACCGAGGAAGCUGUGAAGCUCUUUGACGUCCAGCGGUGUUGGCCAAGUUUCAACUGCUUUAACUUUCUCCGGAUUCGUCCUUAUUCCAUCACCAGAAACAACAUGACCCAGAAAGGUAACUUCUCUCUUCAGGAACUGACACUUGGUUGGCUUUAAUUUCAAACCCGCUGCUUGUAUUCUGUCAAAGACCGACCGUAGGCGGUGAAGAUGUUCUUCAAAUGUAGAGCCCCAGAUGAUAAUGUCAUCUAAGUACACAAGGCAAUGUGUCCAAGUGAGUCCACUGAGUGCCAGAUUCAUCAAUCUGGUGAAGCUUGCUGGCCCAUUUGUCAAACCAAAUGGCAUAACCCUCCAUUGAAAUUGUCCACGAUGAGUCGAAAACGCAGUUUUGGGUUUGUCCUCCUCCUUCACUGGCAUCUGCCAAUAUCCAGAGGCCAAAUCAAGGCACGAGAACCACUGAGCACCGCCCAGGGCCUCUAAGACAUCAUCAGUCCUAGGCAGCGAGAUAGCAUCUUUUUGGGUGUACUGGUUAAGUCUCCGAAAGUCAAUACACAUACGGUAAGUUCCAUCAUGUUUCCGGGCCAACACAACGGGGCUACUCCAGGGACUUUGGGACUGUUCAACCCUACCAUUAGCUACGAGAUCAUCCAGCUGUUGGUCAAUGAUUUCUCUUUGGUGAGGGGGAAUACGGCGCGGUGGUUGCUUAAUUGGUGUACAAUCACCCGUAUUAAUUUCAUGUUCCAUGAGACAAGAUUUCCCUAAAUCCGAACUGUUCAUAGCAAAAAUGUCCUCAUACUCUUUCACCAGAGACGAGAAUUGUUCCUUUUGACCUUCUGAAAGCCCUUCCAGGUUUUGUUGUUCACAGAUUGUCCUCCACUUUUCUCCCUCUCCUUUUGUCUGCUCACUCUUCCCCACUGUGCUGUCAAUGGUCGAACAGAAUGCAUGUGGCCGAGAGGUACUUUUCGAUUCUGAAUCAACUCCAAUGGGAAUUAUACUACCAUUCACGCUGCUAAUAGGGUGAUAUUCGGCAAUAGGAACAUCUGACCGUAUCUUGAUUGGUCUAUCCGAGAAGUUGGCAACUCGAACAAGGGCCUGUCCCGCCCUUGGAACCACAAGGGAACGAGCUAUGCAAAUUUCCGAUUUUCCCUUUAGUUCCUUUGAGCCCUCCAAGAUCCCAGGGCUUCCCGUAUUUUGUUCAUAUCCCUCUUCCAAUCUAGCUCCUAGCACUUGUUCAGUCCCCGGCUCUACUUCUACUUCAGCACACAGAUAAAGUCUACAAACACUAGGUGUGACCUUGCAGUAUCUAAUAGGAAUUUCAGCAUCUCCUACCACAAAGGUUCCCGUGUCAUAGUGAAUUUGACAUCCAUACUGCUGUAAAAAGUCUGAACCAAGAAUACAAUCAUGUGCUAGACCUUGCGCAAUCAUGACAGGCCAGGAGCAAUCCAUGUUUCCUAUGCGAAAUCUCACUUGGGUUUCUCCUAAGACAGUCAGUUCAUUGCCAUUUGCUGUCGUUAAUGUUCCUAUCACUGGUUUAAGUUUAGAAACAUAUCCACUUUUCUUCCAUGUGUCCUCGCUCAAUACACUAACCGUAGCGCCAGUGUCCAACAAUACACAAGUUAAACAAUGAUUCACAAGUCCAGUAAUAUAAAUCCCGGAAUCAGAUAUGGCUGAAAUUACACUGUCAUUCGCGGUUGUAUUGUAAUUUACCUCACGGACAUCACUGUCUGACAGGGCCACACGUACUGGUCCUA